AUGGUGACAGGAGAUACUCAAAUGAGUAUAUUCACUCCCCUUGAUUCUCUUCAGUUAGAUACCUUGGGUCAUAUCAUCUGCCUCUUCCGAAGGUUUGGGAAUCAUUUUGCCUUCAGUCAAGGUGGUCAUUGUGCUGUGGACUUCUAUGUAGAAGAUGACACUGCGGUCCUUCAUGUUUUCACAAAAGUGGAUAGAUGUGAGAAACUGAAGUUCUUCACUAAUCCAGGGCACAUUUUCCUUUUGGAUGGAUUUGUGAGUUUUCUCCCCUAUGUCCAAUCUCAGUAUCUCUUCCACUACAAUUAUGCGAAGGUGUCGGGAACUUCUGACUUGGCGGAAUAUGAGAGUCUUGAGGGAUCCCAUAACACCAGGCUGCAUUCCAUCUCAGACCAUACUCAGUGGAAAUGUGAUAUGCAAAGAACCAUCCAACUGAAGAUGUCCUUAAAAUAUCUCAUGAAGGCCUUGGGACAAAUUGUCCAGUUUGGGACAUCCCUGGGAUGUCACCGUGCCAUGUGGGUGGCUCCACGUCAUUUCACUGCAAGUCACUUCUAUCUGGAGGAUUGCAAGAAGACUGAGAGGUGUAGUGCCCAUUCUCUGACUGUUAGUGAUGGAAGUUGCAUCCCCAAGACAGUCCUGUUGCAAGGAAGAGGACUCAUCAAAGCUGCUCAGUGUGCUCUUGGUGGAUUUGUUGCCUUGCUUGGAGUCUGUGUGAAGAAGGAUGGGACUUCCCUCACUUUUGUAAUGAAGAGGCCAAGAAGUGGAAUUCUCAACAAUCUGGAAUCAAGUGGAGAUCCAUGCUUAGCCAUCCAUGAAUAUCCUGAAGAUGUCCCUUACAAGAUGUCCGAAACCAUCCGAAAGAAGAUGUCUUCAGGAUAUCCUAUAAAGACCAGGGGACAAUUCGUCCAGUUGUGGACAUCCCUCGGAUAUCACUGUGCUGUGUGGGUAGUGUUGUUUUUCAAUGUUAGUACAUUGAGCUUGAGUGAUAUUGCAGCCAGACAAGAAUUUCAAGUUUUGGCCAAAAUAAACCGGGUACCUCAACCAUAUGGGAAGAAAAGAUCACAUCUCACAGUUUAUCUGUACUUGGAACUGGAGCUGCAGACAAAGUGUGGUGAAAGAUUCCUUGCCCGUCUUUCCAACAAGGGAGUCCAGAAUGCUUUUGGAUUGGAAGCAAUGGAAGUUCUGACCCGAAAUGGGAUGAAAAAGAUCCAAGGAAGUCUUGAGGAACUCAUUUCAGAACAGCAGUGGAUGACCUUCUCCAUCUGCCAAGACCCAAGACAAGCUGUCAAGUAUGAAAUUACUCAAUUUUAAAGAUUUAAG